CCGCGUUCCCAACAGCUUCUCGACGCUUGCGCCCUCUUUUCCCCACCGUCUCUAUUUCCACGCGUCGAUGAUCUUUUUGCCUUUCUCUCUACAUCUUUCUUAAACACGACGAAAUUUUCCAUUUGUUGCACGUACUUCCCGCGAUUUUCAUAAAACAGCGUGAAAAUUAAUUCCAUUCCGCCAUUGGUAGCGAAUUUUGUUACCAGACCAGGUUAGGCGGCUACGUAAUUGCGCGACUAUAUAUUUAUUCAGUGGUAAUAAACAUGGCGUUUAUUUGAAUUUUCAAAUUGUAAUCAAGAGGACUCUAACGAAUCUAAUUUUAUGAAAAUUUACCGCGUUGUUAAUUGAAAAAGUAACAUGUUGUAUGAUAUUUUACGAUACUUGUAAACCAUUUACGAAACUAUGAUAAAUAAAAAUGUUAUGACAUUAAGUACCUACGUAUCCAUAGUAACCAAUUCGAAUUUUACGGAUUUCUUUAGUAUCCGUUAAAUGUUCGCUUAAUUUAUAUUAAUUAUUUUUAUAUUACGAUGCAAUGGAGGAAUUAACAAAUUCUGAUGUUCGAGUCGUAUUGAAUGUAAAAGAAGGCAAAGGUUUUGAACAAAUUUUACUGCCUACAUUAAUUGUUGCAACUCUGAAUGGACAUUCUUUGGAAACUGAAAUAAUAGAACCAAGUUCAAAUCCUCAAUAUGAUCAUGAUUUGGUUUGGGAAGUACAUAAAAACAGAGUACGAAAGAUGAGAUCAGGACAAGUUCCACUAAAAUUAGAAUGUUUUGCUGUUAAAAGUAAUGAUAAUAAAGAAAAACUAGGGUAUCUUUUACUUAGUUUAAGAUCUGCCCAAGUUUUUACUAAAAGUAGUAUUAACAAUGUGAAAGCAAAUUGGCAUAAACUAUCAGGAUUAAAAAGUGAACUCAAAACACACAAACCUGAGUUACUUCUUGCUUUAAGUAUUCAUGAUCUAGAUACUACUAUUUCAAUAAAUGCUCAAUUAGAGUUAAAGAAUUUAGAGGAAUGUCAGCAGGCAAGUGUUCAAUCUAAAGUAACACCAGUUUUACUGCGAGAUGAACGUCUUAUACAAUUAGGUCCAUUAGAUGUUUGUCAUGAAUUAUUUCUAAUGAAUAUCACUGCUAUAUCUGCAACGUAUAUAGAUUCCUUACUAACAAUGAAACAUUACGCAGAUGUAAACAGCGACUUGUAUUUUUGGUGUAAGAUAUUAGAAAACGAUGUACACUUCAAUCAAUCUAAAAAUGAAUAUGGAGAUACUUGGGCACUCAAUGAAAAAAUUAUUAUAAGAAUCAGAAGUUCGUUGAAAGUUUUCAAAGAAUAUUUACAACUGAAACCAUUUCUACUCAUAUAUUUAAAAUACAAAGAGAACAUAUUAGGUCAAUCAGAAAUAAAUUUGCAACCAUUAAUCCCCACUGAUAAUGUAGAAGAAUUUCUUAAAAUUACUGAAAAUAAUAGUAAAUUAUAGCGAAAUUGACUGUCAUAGACAUCCUGCUGGUGAUUUUAGAAAAUAUGAAACUCAAAUUUCCAAUCCCUCAAAUAGUUACAAUAAUAUAAAUAAAUGCACUUUAAAUUGUGAUGUUGUCAGAGAUCAACAUAUCAAAGCUACCUACUCACAUUCAGUUGACACAUUACUACAUCAAUCAAAUAUCAAUGCCUCUAAAAGUGUAGAAGCUUAUCAUUGUUAUUAUUUGAAUAUUUUAUUGGUAGCAAUCAAAGCAACAUCUUCAAAGUUAACAGUCCCAAACAUGGAAAUUCGAUUCCAUCAUCCAAAAACUGAAAUUACUUCAGCAUUUCAACUAAAAACGUCACUUUCAUUAGGAGAGAAAGUAAAAUUACAAGACAUAGGAUGCAAAUUACAAUUUAUAUCAGCAAUAGAUGAAAUCAAACAAUUAUUGUUAACUUUUCCACUGAAAAUUAGUAUAUAUAAAAUAGAAGGAAAUACUAAAACUUGUAUAUCUGAAAGUAAAAUUAAUACGAAAGAAUUAUUUUAUCAAAAUAAGAAUGACAUUACAAAAUAUCUAGACGAAAAUUUGGGCCCACCAAUCUUAGAUGAUAGUUUAGCAUAUAAAAUAGUGGAUGAGUUAGAAACUUGGAAAGAACGACAAAUGGAAAUAUUUAAAGUUGAGUUAAAAAGGAAGGAAGAUCGUCAUUUAAAUUUAUUAAGUCAGGAAUGGCAAAAACACAGAGAAAAUUUAGAAACAAAACUGGCAUGUAGCAUUGAACAAUGUAAAAUGUUAGCAAAUAGUUUAAACAAUGCUACAGAAGAUUUAAGAACACGAAGAUUGAAAAGUCUUGAAAAAGAGACUAGGUUGAUUAAAGCAAAUGAAGAUUUACAAUGGAGAUAUGAAACAAAAUUACGCGAACUUAAAGAAUCAUUUCAAAUAAUUCAAGAAGAACUUACGACAAAGAUUAAUGUUCUUGAAAAGAGAAAGACAGCUUUGGAAACGCAAAGUGAACAAUUAAAUGCUGAAAAUGAAAGGUUACAGUUGCUUGUAUCAAAACAGUCUGAAGAAUUGGAAACUCAUCAAAAAGGUUCUUUGACUCAGGAUCAAACAGCAAAUUUAUUGCAAGAAUUAAAGACACUCGAAGAAAAAUUACAAAAUGCACAAGAAAAUAAAUCUUUUUUCAAAGAACAAUGGGCGAAAGCAGUUCGUGAGAUACAUCGUAUGAGAAUGGAAUAUCAACAAGCUAUGCAAGUUCAAAUUAGAAACAGUAAAGAAGAAUUACAAAACUUGGAUCUAGAAGAAAUACUAUGUGCAGACUCUACUGCUUUGACAAAUGAUCAAAUAUUAUUAAAUGAAAUUCAGAAAGAAAUUGACAUAAUUAAGCCAAAAGCAUAUCUUGUUGAGAAAGAUGGUUAUUCUCAAGUAUUCACACCAAGUUCCAUGAACUCCAAAAUUUCACAAAAUGCUAAUAAUAUAUUAAAAAGAUCAGAAGAGCAGAAUAAAAAGUUACAAGCAUUAGUUGAAGAACGCGAUUCCCUCUUAAAAACUGGAAGUUAUACAACUGACGAUACAGUAAUUAUGAAAUUAAAUAAUGAAAUUAGAUGUUUAAUGAUGAAGUGAUUUUUUUAUAUAAACUAUAUCCAAUAUCAUACUAUAAAAUACUUAUAGUCAUUUUUUUAUAUAUUAUACAUAUAUACAUUUAUUGAAAUAAAUGUAUUUUACUUACUUUUAUGUAUAUUCAUGUACAUAAUUAUAAAAUAAGAGAGUUGGACUAUAAAACAAUUAUAUAAAACAAUUAAUAUAAAAAAACAACCAGAAAAUUACUUAUUAGGGAAUAUCAGGUUAAAGAGAACUUUUUUGAUCGAACAUCUAUCGCUUCUACAAGACCUUUUCCAAGAAUAUAGAAAUCUUGAAUCAUUGCCGAAAUAUUUAAAACUAAUUCAUUGUUAUUAUUACAUUUUUGACCACCGAUAUUUGAUACUUUAAAAUCUUUAGUACCUAGUGCGGAAGGUUUAA